AUGGAAGGGGGCCCCUCGAGUUCCUGGAUUGCCGGCGAGCCCUCAGGCGCAGAAGGGGCCCUUUGGGGCCCCCCUCCCUCAGUCAGGCAGAAGCCACUUAUUUCACCUAAGUUUAAGAAGGAGCAGGACCCAACCUAUGGAGACAGCGGGUGUGCUGCAAGUGCUGCAGCGUCGCAUCUGCAGAAUCGGGAGAGGGGCCCGUGGGGCGGCAGCAAACUCGGCUUCGACUUGGGUAUUAAGCGGUAUCUCAGCAGCAGCAGCAGCAGCAGCAGCAGCAGGAACUCGAUCCGCAGCCGCCUCUGUGCUGCAAAUAGCCUUUGGAGGGCCCGCUCUCAGCGGGUAAAUGUCGCGAAGCCGGGUUUCUUUAGAACGGCAUACCGAUACAGAGGCCAUGAAGGCUGCGUAAAUGCAAUCAAAUUCCACCCCACACAACAGUGGCUCUUCAGUGGAGGAGACGAUCUCCGCCUUCUUAUUUGGGAGCCUCGCGUCUGGCCGCGGAUCCCCAAAGCGGAGAUUAGAACAGAGCACACAGACAAUAUUUUCUGCAUCGACUUCGACACGCUGGGUAGCCGCGCACUGACAGCAGCAAAUGACGGCCUGGUGACGCGCAUAUCUUUGGAGGCUUCUGCUGGAGGUGCAUCAGAAUGUCGAAACUUUUAUUCUAUUUAUGGAAGGCUGCAUGCGCCUCUUGUAGAGCGAAUGAGUUCUUUGUCUUUGCCUCUGACGCAUCCGCAUGCAAGGACAGGGCUGUCUGGUGCUGCUUCUGAGAGCAGCGAGACGGCUGAUGGUGGUGGUGGUGCUGCUGCUGCACCCGCAACACCAGAUGCAGACGCAGAUGCACCUACAGCGACGACGCCUGCUGCUGCUGGGGAGCAGGGUGGAACAGCAGCAGCAGCAGCAGCGGCUGCUGCUGCUGCAGUGAGAAGCAACUUGGAUAUUCUUGUAGCAGCAGAUGAAGGCCUUAUUCUCUUUCCCAGAUCAAGGACCCGCGCAUGCUUUGAGGCGAAGUUCAUCGAUACUGCGGGCCACAUUGCUGCUGCUGCUCUUGAGUCGGGCUUUGUGGCGCUUGCAGAUUUCAGAGAGAGGCCUCAAGUGACGCAUGCAAUUAUGCGGAAUACCGGCGACUUCACCAGCGUAGACCCGCACAUCCCUUUGCCUUAUCACCUCGCUUAUGCAGGCAGUUGUGGGGCGGGGAUCCUUGAUCUGCGCACCGCGAAACCCUUCUUGAGACUGAGGGUCCCUGGGAUCGUUGGAGAAGAAGAAGAAGAAGAUACGAGGCAGGUGCUUUGGCAGUCCCGCCGCCACAGCAGCAGCAGCCGCCGCAGCAGCAACAGCAGCCGCCGCAGCAGCAGCAACAGCAGCAGAGGCAGCAGCAACAGCAGCGACGGUGGCGACAGCAGCGGCAGUGACAGCAGUAGUGGAACUUUCGAUACCGCGAGACACCGCAUGAUCUGCAGCAGCAGCAGCAACAGCAGUAUUAGAAGAAGCAGCAGCAGCGAGAGCAGCAACAGCAGCGACAGCAGCAUGCAAGGAGACGAAGAGGUGUGGGUCCCUCCCUCUCGCUCGCGUUUGCUGCUGCGAGCGCAGCAGCAGCCACGCCGCAGCGGCAGACCCUCUGAACGUGGGGAAAGAGAAGAGGAGGAAGAUGCAUCCGGCUCACCAGUAUCUGCUGCUGCAGCUGCUGCUGCUGCUGCAUCUGCUUCGCAGUCAAAGUGUCUAACCACGCCGAGACGGAGGUUCACCCGCAGCAGCAGCAGCAGCCGCAGCCGCAGCAGCAGCAGCCGCAGCCGCAGCCGCAGCAAUAGCAGCAACAUGAGGAGAGACGGAGGCAGCAGCAGAGGCAGAAGCAGCAGCAGGGCCAGAGGCAUUGACACCAACGGCAGCAGCAGCGACAGCAACAGCGAUAGCAGCAAGCAGCACGCUUCAGAUACCCGCGUGGAGAGAGAACCGAACCGCAGUAGCGGUAGCAGCAGCCGCAGAAGCAGCAACAGCAGCAGCAGAAGCAGCAGCAGCAAAAGCCUCACCGGCAGAUUGCUGCGGCGCGGGCGAGGUGGUGUCCCGAAAUUAUCUCCACAUGCCGCUGCUGCUGCAGAUGAAGCAGCAGAGAACAAAACAACGCACAAACGAGAGGGCAGCAGCAGACGGGAAAGCAAAAGCAGCAGCAGCAGCAGCAGCAGUAGCAGCAGCAGCAGCAGCAGAUCGCCUGGCCACGAAUUCGUGCCUACGAAAGGCGAAACGUCUUCUCCAACAAACAGCGGCAAACGCCGCUGCAUCCGUUACAGAAGCAGCAGCAGCAGCAGCAGCAGCAACCCCGCAACAUCUAGUAACAGAAGCACUAGUAGCAAUGACGGCCGCAGCAGCAGCAGCAGCAGCACUGUGAAACCUGCGGCGUCUCCGCAUAGAGAGCCAAGGACCCGACUGCAACACGCGGCAGCGGCGGCAGCAGCAGAAACGGAGGCAGCAGUAGCAGAAAGAGAGGCAGCAGCAGCCGCUGCUUCUGGUGCUGCUGCUGCUUCACGGCGAGGUGUUGAGGCUGAAGAGCAGCACCCACAGACCCAUCGUGUGGUUGGGGGCGCCGCUGCUCUCCAGCGGCAUGCAGCUGGCAGCAGGCUGCCUCGAGGCGCGCAGCAGCAACAGCAGCAGCGGCAACAGCAACGACAACAGCAGGAGCAGCAGCAGAGCGACCCCUCGGAAUCUCGAUUAGAAGAAGAGCGGCAGCGAGCUGCAAGAAGAGACAAUAUAAUUGCUCUGUGUCUCUUAACUGCAGGUAUGCAUCAACAGGGAGGUGGGGAAGCACCUUCCGUAUCUGCUGCUCUUGCUUCUGCUGCUGCAGCAACAGCAACAGCAACAACAGCAGCAGCAGCAGGAGCGCGUGCACCGGAGACUGCAGCGGGCGGUCAAGGAUCUUCCUCGUCUGGAAGGCGUUCUCGACGGGCCUCCCCCCCAUCCCCAGCCUCCCCAGAAGCAGCAGCAGCAGCAACAGCAGCAGAAGCUGCAGCAGCAGGAAGGGGGCCCCCAGGGGACGGAGAAGCAGAGGAGACACCUGAGAGGCGCCGCCGUCUUCGUCGUUCGGUGCCUCUGGAGGAAAUGCAGUCGCUGCGAGAGACAGUGUUGCAGGUUUUGGGAAUCCCCAGACCGCAUGCAGCAGCAGCAGCAGCAGCUGCUGCUGCUGCUUCUGAUGGCGACGGUGAGGGGGGAUCCCACAGCAGGGCCCCUGAGAGGGCCCCACAGAGCGCUCCUGAGAGGCAGAGACGCAGUAGCAACAGCAGUAACAGCAGCAGCAAUAGCAGCAACAGCAGCAGUAGCCCCGUGGAGGCAGCGGGGGCUGCAUCUCCGCAUCAGGAUGAGGAAAGUGAAGGGGCCCCACGUGCAGCUGCUCGCAUUCGUGAGGGGCGCCGCCGCUCCGGCUGGGAUCGGGAAGGGGAUCGGGAUCGGGAUCGGGAUCGAUCCGGGUCUGUUCCUGGAGGUGGAUCCCGAUCCCGAUCCCGGUCUGGUUCUGUUUCGGGGGAUCGAUCCCGUGAAUCGCGGGAUGGAUCCCCAUUGGGGUUAGUUGAGGAGGAGGGUGUGGGGUCUGUAGGAGGCGUGGGAUCGUCUCCUGAGGUACGGGAGGCGCUGCUGCGAGCGGAGGCUGUUGCUACUCAGCUGCCAGCUAUUCGCUUCCCUACCUAUAGGGAGGUCCCUGGGCAGAGGGGGCAGAGGAGACAGAGACACAGAGCAGCAAAACUCGCUAAUGUGCCGUUCGUACAAAUGGUUGAUAAGAUCGUCUUCUCUUGGGAUGGGCGUCUCCUGCUGGCAAUCCGAAGGAGACAGGAACCCCUCAUUUAUAGUACGGACUGGGAGCUGCCUUUGUUUGAACUCCAAAGUGAUGGCUAUACCAACGCCACAACUAUGAAGGGGGGCUGCUUCCUUACUGAUAUGCAGCAUGUUGCAUGCGGCUCUGAGGACCUCCAGGUGCACAUAUGGCAGCUUCCUCGGCCUUUGCCCGUGAAGCCUCUGACUACUCAGGCGUUACCUCGCCGCGUUUGUUUGAGGGGACAUCUUUGUGUAGUAAACUGCUGCGCUAGGUAA